AUGUUCCGUCCAAUCAAGUCUGAUGAUUCUACUGAGGUGGUGGAAGCAUUGAAACCUGGUAGACAGUCACAGCUGUUUAAAGUUCCCGAGGUGCCCCAACAACGCCAUGCUAUGCCUAGGGGAUACAAUGGUUUUGAAGGUAUACCAACUUAUCAUAUGAAACUUCCAGAAAUUCCCAAGGAAUUUUCUUCCUCUGCACCAGGCACUGCGAAAAGUGGAAAGAAAGGAAAACUCUCUUUUUCUCCACCAAAUAAAAACAUGGAACAAAUGCUAAAACAGAAAAGUCAAUCCUUGCCUGAGUUGGCAGAUAAUACGUCUCAUAAGACAGAUUAUCAGAGAUAUGAAAAGCAUGAGUUUGGGUUGCCUCCUGAGAAAUGCCCAUCCAGGGGUGGGAGAACUACUCCUGAGACUGUUACCAAGCGACAAAGACAUUUUCUAAAUCUACCAAAUAGGGUCGAUACCUAUAGCUAUCCUAUGCCUACAAAUGAUAAUGAACAUUUGGUACAUUCCAAGCCACAGCCUGUUAGACCUUUUGAUGAGCAGUCAACACAUAAGGAACAUGGCAGAAAAAUUGGGACACAUAAGAGCAAAAAAUCAUCCAGAGAAAGGUCGCCAUCAAGCGGCUUUGGAGAAUCCUUAGAUGGAUUAACAAUGAAUUCGAUUAUGACAUCGCAGUCUUUGACAUCAUCCUCAAAAUUGCCAACACCCACAUCUUCCAGUCAUUUAAAACUAAAAAGUGUUGACUCCUCUCAUGAACCAAAAAUAAAUUAUGGAGCAAAGAGUGAGCAUUCAGCUCCCUCAGCCAUUUAUAGAAGAAGUAGAGAUGCCACCCAGCUUGCCAGCAGCAAUGUACCCGAUGAAGAGAAAGAAAAAAGUGCUGAGAAAUAUAGAGUGAGUAUUUACAACAUGAAAAAGAAUAGAGAACCUAGUAGGUCACCUGAGCGCAAUGUCAGUUAUGGGUCUGUUAUUGAACAAAAAGCAGCCAUUGCCAAGACUCUGAGCACACCAGUUUGUGACGCAGAUGAAGGUGGUGAUGUGUCAUAUAUAGGGAAGCUAGGGGUGCCAGAAUUCAAUGAUUGUAGUGUGUUAGAUUCCAGCACUCCAAAAAAGACACUAUUUUCUGAGAAAACACAAGAGGACCUAACUCCGCUGCAUUUUGCUCAAUCAGGAUGUAAAGCAUUAAAGGAUGACAAAAAUGAAGCCGUUACCACUGAAACAAUACCUAGUAUUAAAUUUGUUGAGGGUGUACAACCAAGAAACCAAUUAACUACGGUGCCAACACUGCUAACCAGCCAGUCUCUUCUUAGCACCACUCUUGCCAGUCAGUAUUUGAACAGCAGACCAUUGACUACCUCACAAAAGCAUGCUGUUCCAUCAGUAUCACCAUCACACAGUCUCAACAUUUCACCAGCAUCCAGUACAGUUAUAACAUCAAGCCCUUCAUAUCAACCUACACCAAAUACUGUAUCUUUGUCUCAAAAUGUUGGUUCAACAACGGGACAAUCGGGUAUUGUGCAUAGACCCACAUUUUCAUCAGCCAAAGUGAGCCAGCAUGUAGCAACACCCAAUUACCCUGGCCAAUCUGGAGUUGUAUUAUCCAGUGUUUACAGCGGCUUAGCUCCAAGAGUUGCAGCUACAGUGGCACCCCCACAAGCUACAAGGCCAGCAGCACCAUCUGCAUCCUUAUUAGACUUGUCUAAGGGUGUAGUGAUACCAAGCGAUCUUCGUUUUGGUGGUGUAUGCUGUGUUGGCAUAACAGUACAGACGUCUUUACCAAUACAUAAUAGAACUAAUCGGUGGAUCAACUCUACCAUGAAGCUUAUAUCAGUGACAGCAAAUGAUGCACAGGUUGACCUCGAGAACUAUACUCCAUUCAUAAUGAAAUCAUCUGCUAUCAUAUGUCCAGGGAAAUCUGAAGAUACCAACAUUUUGUUUGUACCCAAGCAUCCAGGAAUUUUUGUGGCACAUUUACAGAUCAGCAGUAGUCUUGUUGUUGCUGAAAAUACCAACAUACCACAGCCCACACCUAGUAUCAGUGUUGUAACAGUACAUGCUGUGGCAGAAAAAGCAAAUAUACAGGUUGAAGCAGAUAACCCUCAGAGUCUACAUUUUGGUGAAGUGGCAUAUGGCCAUACCAGAUCAAAGGCAUUAAAAAUAUACAACAGAGGAAAGUCUUCUGUGCCAAUUAGACUUAUAAUAUCAGCGUGUUCCAUAGCAUGGCAUUGUUAUAGUUUUGGUAAACUUGAUACUAGAUUGGAAACACUGUCACCGGGUGGUACAGCCAUGACACCAAGAGGUUCAUCUGUCCUCAAUAUUAUUGUUCCAGGUAGAACAGAUAACAAGGCCAGUAUUGAUGAUCCUCAUUUAGUACUUAUUGAUUUCAAAGCUCCUCAUAGGAAUAUGGAUCAUGUGGCUGUGUUGGGUGUAGCAGAGAUGAUAACUGCUAGAGUUGAUGUUGAAUUAGAUACUCCAGACAAUCACAACAUUGCUAGUAGAGCUCUCAAAGUCACAGUAGGCACUACAAGAUUGCAUAUAUUGAAAGAGUUACUUCAUAAGCCCCUAUUUUUAGCAGCUCCUCCUGGUAAGACAGCCACACAAUUCUUGCCAUUAAAGAAUGCUGGUAAUUUGAUGAUUACAGUAGAAUUAAAGAUAACACAAACUCAGGAAUUUUUCAGUGUUAUCCCAGCCACAUUGACAUUAAAACCAGAUGAAAUGACUGACAUUGUUGUGAAAUUCACCCCAGUUGAUGCUCCAGUUGCAAUUGACAGUCUUCUUCUUAUGUCAGUACUACCUGAUGGACCAGAGUAUGAGGUGAAACUACAAGGUGAAGGUACAAUGUCUGAACACAGGUCACAAAGAACGAGUACUGGGUCUCUACAUUCACACAAAUCAUCUCCUCAGUCUAUGCUGUUGUGUAAUAAACAAUUUGUCAACUGGGGAGGAGUUCCAAUUGGUAGAGCAUUACAACAAAAAGUGGUUUUACGUAAUAAUUUACAAAAUGAUGUACUGAAGUUGAGGAUAUUUAUCCGUGCAGACCACCAGGACUUCCAGCUUCAGAGUUCUUUUGGGCAUCAAGAAAAUCUGUCAGACAGCAGACAAGUCAUUCUUAAACCACUAGAGGAUUUCCCACUUCAUGUCCUAUUUGCACCGACCAGUAUCAUCAGUAGGCAAGCAAAGUUAGUGAUGAAACCAUCUACUGGUGGAACUAAAUUCACAGUUCCUUUGUAUGGUUAUGGUGGUAUUAGUAACCUUAUUAUAGAGGAUCUGGAAACUAUGGGAAGUACAUUCAUGUCUAAUAUGGGAUCCUUGUCAUUGGGAAAGCAUAGCAUUACACAGAUCACAAUACAAAACACUGGACCCCGGGCUGCAUUUGUCAAGGCUAUACCAUUUGAAGACAUGGCAGCCAAGAUUAAACUCUCACCUGGUGUGCUUGUUGUGGAGCCAAGUGAAUUUAUUGUGAAAGAGAAGAGCACUAGAACAGUAACAAUAAUGCUGAAUCCAAGUGAACGAGAGACUGGACUCUGUCAUACAAAGUCUAAUGUUGUUACCACUAUUGGUUUCUUUUAUGGUGAUGAGAUAACCAGACAGCAGUAUAGAAGGACUGUUCAUAAAUCAUCAACUAAACCAAUGGCUUUAUCAGAGAAUAACCCUUUGAAGGGUGUUAUAUUUGAUUGUCCUUACUCCGGUGAAGACUAUGUCUAUGAAGCAUAUAAUCUUCCAGAAUGUUCAAAUGAUGUUAGAUUAUUUUAUUCAUGUAUGUCACGAUUGAUGUUAGCACUGACAGGAAACCCACCUUGUGAAAAAUCUUUCUAUGAUUUGGAAGCUGACUCUACAUGCAUGUCAGAGUCGCCUGGCAUGAUGCCUAAGACUGAAGACGAUACUAUCAACUUUGAUCAAACCAUUAACAAACCUGGUCUCCUGCCUACUAUGCACACACCACCAGUGAAAGGGAGCAGUAAUACUAAUGGUAACCUGAGAUUAUAUCAAAACACUCAAGUUAAUGGUGAUGAUAAUAGUUGUACUCAUUGGGAAGUCACACCAGAGCAAAUACUAUUAUCAACACAGCCUGAUAUCCAUCAACCUGUGAAUAGAAGUCGUAUACAGUUGAUUAAUUACACUGAAAGAAAGCUAAGAUUAGUAGGCAAUGAGAAAUUAUGUCUAUUCAGUCAGAAAUUAACAAAGAUGUUAGCGAAUAAUAAUUUUGGUGGAAAAUUAUUGUGA